AUGGAAAAGUUGUAUGGAAAAGUUUCAAUAAAAAUUUUAGGUGCAAGAGAUAUUUUACCUUUAGACAUUACAACCUCAGACCCGUAUUGUCUUAUUCAAACAAAAGAUUUAAAUGAUAUUCCAACAUCACCUGUAUUUAAAACAGAAGUUAUUUAUAAAACAUUAAAUCCUGUUUGGAAAGAAGAGGAGUUUAUAUUUGAUAUUUAUGGUACAAAUAUUGUGCAUAUAUUAAUGUAUGACGAAGAUAAAAUUUCAAAGGAUGAUUUUGCAGGAUUAGUUAGAGUCAAUUUGGACGAGUAUAGAAAUAAAGGAUUAAGAGAUAUUUGGAUCCCAUUAGAGGGCAAGAAUCCAAAGAAACCAUCGAAAAAGAAAAGAGGAGAUAUUCAUUUACAAAUCAAUUUUUCAUCGUUUUUAUCAUUAUCACAUUAUUUAAAUUUUGAUAAUCAUAAAAUUAUCAAAGAUUUAUCAAAGCAAUUGAUUACAGACGAUUUUGCAAAAGCAUUAAUGUUUUAUUUUUCAAAUUCAAAAGCAUGCAACUUGAUCGAUAUUAUUAGAGAUAUUACAUCACUUGAAAUUGAAAAUACAGUCGAUCCAAAUGUAUUAUUUAGAACUGACUCACUAUCAACCAAAAUCAUUGUAGCAACAUUCAAAUCAAUUGGGUAUAACUUCCUUAGAGAAGCAUUGACACCUCUCAUUCGUUCAAUGAUCGAAAACGAUGUUAAACUUGAGGUCGAUACCAACAAAGUUAGCGAAGCUCAAUCGCAACAAAAUUCAACUCAGUUAACAUUCUAUUGUUCAUCUUUUAUCACUGCCAUCAAAGCAUCAAUGGAUCAAUUACCAAAUGAAAUUAAAGUUAUUUGUAAUUUACUUUAUGAAUUAAUUUUAAAGAAAUUCUCAUCCGAAAAUACAAGCAUUAAGGCUGUUGGUGGUUUCCUUUUCCUCAGAUUUAUUAAUCCAGCUAUUUUCAGCCCAGAAGCUUUUGGUCUUAUUUCAGAUGCACCCAAUCCAAAUGUUAGACGUACAUUAACUUUAGUCAGUAAAGUCUUACAAAAUAUUUCAAAUCAGGUAACAGUCACUAAAGAAAAAGAUUUACUAAGUUUCAAUCCAUUCAUCACCGAAAGAUUCGCAGAUUUAUCGAAUAUCAUUAAACAAAUAUCGACAGAAGUCAUCGAUAUGCCACAACAACAGUUUGAUUUCCCAUUACUUCAAAUAGAACCAAUCACUUUGAUGAGACAUAUAGAUUGCAUUAUUUCCUCAAUCAAUGACAAAAAAUCAUUUUAUUCAAACAACACAUCCAUUGAAUUUAAUAAUGAGAUCAUUACUAGAGCAAAAUUGAUCCAGGCUCAACUUAAACAACAAUCCAAAAUCCAAACAAAAAAAUAA